AUGGCGGACGGUGGGAUGGAGGCUAGCGCUAGCUUCCGGCGCUGCUGAACUUCGGGACUUUCACGCGUUUCUUCAGCUCCGGGUUCGUGUAUGAACUUUACUUCCGGGAAAUCAUGGAUCCAAACCGCAGACCUCCAGCGACCAGCGGCAGCGGCAGCAGCGGCGACUCCAGCCCCGCGUCCCCGGCCGGCAGCUCCGCGACGCCCGGGGACAGAGCCGCGACGCCCGGGGGCAACGCGUUCGCCAACGACGGCAGCUUCAUGGAGAUGUUCAAGAAGAAGAUGGAGGCGGAGGAGAGGAGGAGAAAGGAGCAGCAAGCAGGAGGAGCAGCAGGAGGAGACGCCCGAGCCUCAGAACAGGGACAGACCCCCGUGGACAAGAAGCCCCCUGCAGUGACGAGCUUUGUGGGGAAGCGCAGAGGAGGCGUGUUCCUAAAGACCGGCAUGGUUGCGAAGAAGCAGAAAGACGACUCAGAGGCUGUGCCAGGAAAGAGUGACGCCUGGGCAUCGUACAUGGCCGAGGUGAAAAAGUACAAAGCCCACCAGUGCGGCGACGACGAUAAAACCAGGCCACUGGUCAAGUAGAGUCCACGAAGGUGAACGUGGAGCGACGCUGCUGCGAGGAGGGAUGGGGGGGGGCAUCGCCUAGGAGACGACGUGUUGGGGGGGUCCGGACACUCCCGCCCCUUCUUAUUGACAGUUCAAAUGACCCGUCUCAUCACAAACUGCUCAUACUGACAAACUCCCUUUUUUGUAUCGUUUAUUUUGUGUUGCGUAUUUGUUCGAUGUCGGUGAUUUGAUCUGGUGUCAAACGGUGCUUUGAAAACUUGACUUUCAUGAUUAUUGUUCAACCUUUUCCCCCCAAUUUUUCUCACUUCUGGUUUAUGUUCGGUUUCGUUCGUGAUUUGAUUUUACGCCAACUCGAUUAAAUUCACGUUGCCUAUU